AGCUUGGCUGCUAAGCUGUAAGUUGUUUGUACCGCGUCGCUAAAUCUAUAUCGUUUUUGGAGGGAAAAUUCCCUGAUUUUUUUAAUCUUUUACAAGAUUACUAUGCUGCAGAAAUGACGUCAAGUGAGUCCGCGAUUUCUGCCACAGCAACCUACGUUGAGAACUACCUAGAUUGUGUAGAAUCUCUACCUGAUGAUAUGCAAAGGAAUAUUUCUCAGAUGAGAGAGCUGGAUCUUCAUUAUCAGGAGAGGCUUAAAGAAAUUGAAAGGCUUAUCAACAGUUACUUUAAAGAAAAAGAGCCAGCAGCCAGGAGGAAAUGCUUGAUUCAAAUUCAAAGACGACUUAUCAGAAGUCAGGAAUAUGGUGAUGAUAAACUACAGCUGGUUGGAAACAUGAUGGACUUGGUGGAUACUCGUACUCGACAAAUUGAAGUAGAUGUGGAAAACCUGGACACGUACAGGAAUGAUGACAUGCCACCUCUCUUAAAACCCGACGUUCAGCCAGCCAUUCUAGAAGAGCACCACUCAAAACCCGAGAAGACAAAAAGAAAUCGACGGCAGCGUAACCAUGACAAACAUGAGCGUGACUCAGAGGGCAGAGGUGGGUCAAGUGGGGCAGGAGGCUCAGAGGUGGUCAAGCCUGUCAAGAAGAAGGCAAAGACCAAUAGAAAGGGAAAAUCAAAGAAUCAAGACUCACCUACACCUGAGUAUCCAAUCGAUCCAAAUGAACCAACAUACUGUUUGUGUAAUCAGGUUUCAUUUGGAGAAAUGAUUGGGUGUGAUAAUGAAGAGUGUCCCAUAGAAUGGUUUCAUUUUCAGUGCGUGGGACUCACUACCAAACCAAAAGGAAAAUGGUACUGCCCCAAAUGCACAAACGAACGGAAGAGAGAGAGAAGCUGUCUGAGAUAAUCGUCUGGAUUGUCUUUGUGAAUACUGCAGAAUUUGAACUUUUUAUUUGACUUCUAGAGGAACCCUUUGAAGAAUAUUCUUCUCUAAGCCAUCAGCUGCAAUUAAGGAAAACUUCUUUAUCUUAGAGAAAAAAUUUAGAUGUUUUCGAUAGUCAAUUCAAGGAUGUUACUUUAUUUCGGAUAACUAAAUCAUCUUGUGAUAGAAUUAUAUGCAGUUCUUUGGUUUUAGUUAGCGUUAUUUGUAUCUAGAUUUCUAUAGUAUUUAUUUAACAUUAACUUGCACUUGUUUUAUCACUAUGAAAAUACACGUAGAUAAAUUUGUAGUGUUAUUAAGUAUUUUAAGAUAUAGUGCCCAUCGAAAUAAGUUUAUGUCUUUACGUUAAUGGCAUCUUUGGAACUUCUGGCGGGAAUAGUUGAAAUCAAGCGUUUGCGCGACCUUGCGGUGAGCGCGGGCAAAGGAGGAAAGCGCGGGAAAAAUAGGCCGCUAAUGGCAAGCGUUGAAAAACAAGAGCAACAGACUUCACCAGGCCAUCAUUUGCUGAGCUUAUUAAAGGCUAUUGCAGAGCUAAUCACAGAAAAAACAAAAUGGCUACUCGGUUAGUGUUGUUUCUCCUAAAAGUGAUAUCUUAAAUUAUAAAGUUUGUGAUGUGCGGCUUGUUUUAGGGUCGACCUUUUGUUGGUGAAGAAGCGUAGUUUUUGGCGAAUAUUCCUUUGUUAAAGCUAUCAUGAGUUUCAAAGUUGUAAAGACCAGGUCCAUUGUCGUGUCAAGACUCUUGACAAGGGGUGACCCCUUGGUUUUGAUCACAUGUUACAACAUCACAGUCAUGCCAACCACCAAUAGUCCAUCUGUUCUCUGUUCUUCUAAUGAGACUUAAGGGAUGACUUUGAAGUGAUACCACGUGAUGCUUCGGAGCGCUGGUAGCUAAAACCGUGGGCUUUCGGGAUGGCUGCCGUAAGCUCUCGCUUGUUCCUACCAGAACUGUUUGCUUGGUGCCCAUACUGUUUUGUAUCGGAAAGCAACUAUAUGUAAUAUUGUAAAUUGUAAAAAUUAGAAGUUGUUUGGUAACGUGAAAUAUAACACAUGCCUCAAUGAAA